CAUCUCUCCCCCUUGGCCCCCUCCGUCCGCCACUGCCCACUUAGCCAGCCCGUCGGAUGGCCGAGACGGUGUCCGCCUCGCCAGUCUCCGACGCGCGCCAGGCGCCGGCCACCCUCUCGCCGGGCACUUCCGCCAUGGGGGCACCCCCCCUGCCGCCGGCGGUGGAUGAGACCCUGGCCUUCAGCUUCAUCUCGGCCGAUGACUGCUCGCGGUCGCGGUCGCUGCGCAUCGGUGUCAACCACUUGUCGGUGGGCCGCUGGUCACUGGCCAACCUUGCCUUCCACUAUGCGUGCGGCGUGUCGCGCGGGGCCGCCCCGCCUGGCGCCCUGUCCGACCGCAGCAAGGCCCCCGGUGCCGAGGACGAUCCGGCCCCCGGGCCCGGUGCCGAGGCCGACACCGAGGAUGCCCCGGACGCCGGGGCCCCGGUGCUCAGCCCGGCCGAGUGCCGGCAGCGGGUGCUUGACCUCCUCCGGCGCUUGGCCGAUGAGGGCCCGCCCGGGCACUGGCCGGUGUCCCUGGCCCCGCUGCCACUGCUGCUGCAGCUUCGCUGGCAGUGCCUGACCGAGUGGCGCAUGCUGAGCGGCUUCUUCGCUUCGACCCCGGGGCCGGAGGCCGCCGACCAGCCGAUCGACGCCCGGCGCUUCACCUCCCACCUGCCGGCCCUGACGGCCGGCGACCGGCUGCUGGAGUUCCAGCUGCUGAUCAGCCACCUGAUGUGCCACCAGGGGGCCAUCCUGGCGCAGCGGGCCCCGGCCGAUGACUCGGCGGCCAGCUUCACCCCGGUGCCGCCGGACGCCAUGGGGGCGGCCGCGGCCGCCUCGGCAGCCGCCACCCCCGGCCACGCCCCGCCGCGCGCCCCCUUCUGGCCCAACUCCGCCUCCACGGAUAUCUCCCUCUCGCCGGAUGGGCAGUUUGGCAGUGCCACCCUCUCGGACACGAGCUCCUUCUCGCGGGUGUCCUCGCCGACGGUCUUCUCCCUGUCGUCGGGCCAGCGCGAGUGUCUCGAUGACUUGAGCGCCUUCUUCGGGCGGAUUUCCGCCCUGUGGCUGGAUCGCAGCCGGCUGGCCGGGGUCCCCGGGCUGCAUGAGCACCUGCAAGCCUCACUCGGGGCCCUACUGCCGGGGCUGACCGGGGCCGCCGGGCAGCCCGGCUCGGUGGUCUUCCCGGCCGAGCCGCAAUUGACCAAGGCCAGCCUCCAUUGGCUGGCGGACCUGAUGGUCCGGGACCCGCUCAGCACGUGCAUGGUUCUGGAGCGCCUUCACCUGCCGGCCAUCCCGGUGCUGUGGCUGAGCCACCUGCCGGCGGCGCUGCUGGGCAAUGGCCCGGCGGCCGGGGCCACGGCGACGGCGGCCGGCCCGGCAGCCGGCCCUGGCGUCGCGCCCGGCCGCGGAGGGGCCGGCGUCGCGCCGGCCCUGACGGCAGGCUCGCUGGUGGCCGCGGCGCCGGCCGCCCUGCAGCCCGCCCUGCGGGACCUGCAUGGCUGGCUGCAAUCGCGUGUCCUGCUGGCCCGGACGCUGAUCCUCCUGCAGCGGGUGGCCCGCGAGGCGGUGCUCGACUCCCUGGGCAACCUGCAGGCGGCCCUCGGGGCCGGGGGCCCGGCGGCCGCCGGCGCGGCCGGGGCUCUGGCCACCGAUGCGCCGAGCCCCGCGUCCGUGGCAUCGCACAUCCGCACGCUCCUGCGGCUGGUGGGCCUGCUCCGCAUGCCGGAGGCCUCGGUGUCCGAGCUGCUGGCCCGGGCCGCGGCCCUGGGCGCCCCCGGCGGCCUGGGCUAUGGUGCCAGUGCCGGCACCGGGCGCACCCUGCCGGCCGCCGGCUCGGCCGCCCUCCCCAUGGCCCCGGACCACGAAGUCACCCUGCUUAAGGACCUGCUGCACACCCUGGCCCGGCUGGUGGUGCAGCUGACCGAGCCGGGCGGCCCGGCGGCCACCUGGGCCGCCGACCUCCGGACCUCGGUCUAUGAGGCCCUUGUCCGGGCCCCGGCCCCGGUGGGCCUCUUUGUCAGUGCCCCGCUCCCUCGGCACAUGGAGCUCUAUCCGCCGGUGGGCGCCGCAUCCACCACCCUGCUGAAUAUGUUCUCCCAGGUGGAGCUCCAGGUGUUUCGCGACAAGUCGGCCCAGCUGCUUGGGCGCUUCCACCAAACGCCCCACACGCGCCCGGGCGAUGAGGCCCCCCCGCUUGCGGCCUAUCUCGGGCACCUGUCGCUGGUUCUGCUGGCCGGCCGGGUGCACACCAACCAAACCGUCAUGACGGAGCAUCUGCUGGAGCGCCUGGUUCGACUGGCCGGGGACGCGGUGCGAGCCGGGGACCCGGCCGCCGUCGGGCGCCUGGUCCGGGAGCUCCCGUAUGUCGGCGGCGCGGGGGCCGAGGCUGGCUCUCCGUUGGCCGAGCGCCGCUGGCGCAAGACCCUGGCGCAGUUCCUGCUGCUGGCCAUCUGGCCCCUGACCACGCCCGGCUUGGCAGAUGCCUCCGGGGUGGCCCUGCCCCUGGAGGCGAUCACCGGCCCCGGCCCGGGGGAUGGGUCCUCCUCGUCCGGGUCCCUGCACUCGCCCCUGUCCUCGGCCUCGUCUUCGGGCGAUGUCCAUUCCCCCCUGCCCGGGGCCGGGAGUGGGGCCGAGGAGGUCCACCUCGGCUCGCAGCUCCUGACCGCAUUGUCCUUUGCCUUCGAUCCGCUGGACGCUCCGGCCCCGGUCCCGGCCCCGGCCCCGGGUCUGAGCGGCCGCCGGCCGCGCUCCUCGGGGUCCACCCGGGCCGGCUCGCCGCCGGCCAGCUCCGGGUCCAGCCCUCCGGCCGGGCGCCUGGCGCGUUCCAACACCCAGGACAGCUUCGAGAGCAGCAUGCUGCAGGGCCUGGCCACCGGGGCCGCCGGUGGCCCGGCUCUCUCGCCGCCGCUGGCCUCGCCGCUCAUGCUCAGCGAGGACUCCUCGCCGGUGGACGACUUCCCGCAGCCGGCGCCGGUUUGGACCUUGGCCGGUGCCGGUGCGCGGGCUGGCGCCCGGCCCCGCCCUGCCAUGCCCUCGGCCGACAUGGUGUACACGCCGCCGGCCGGGGCCUGGAUGGCGGCGGCCUGCCAGUCACUGCUGGGCGGUGAGACUCCGGGCGACGAUCUGGAUGCCGCCUGCCGGGUGCUGGCUUGGCGCCAGGCCGCUGCCGAGUGGCUUCUCGGCAGCGCAAAUGCCAGUGUGGACGCUGCGCGUGCGGUGCGCUCCGGCGCGAGUCUCGUCUCGGCCUUGGCAUACCUGUCGCCAGUCCCCCUGUCGCGGGUGGUGGACUCGCCUCUGGCCGGCGGGUCCGGUGCCGCGCAGUCGCUGCUCCCGGCAUUGAGCCAGCUUCUGGAGAAUCGGCCGCACCCGGUCGGGGCGGAGCUGCUCCUACCGCAGGAUGAGCUGGAUCGCCAUGCUCUCAUGGAGCGGCGGGGCUUCCAUGCCCUGGCGGCGGCCUCCAACGCCGCGGCUCUCGUGUCGCACCUCCCCCCGUCGGAGCUGGCUGAGAGUCAGGCCUCGCGAGUGGUCUCGACUCGGUCCUCGAGGUCGUCCUCGCUGUCGUCCUCGCGGUCGUCCUCCUUCUCCCUCGGCCCGUCGGGGCUGGGCGGGCCGGGCUUCGCGGUGAAUGCCCCGGGGGCACUCCAUCCCCCGGGGCUUCCGGCCCCGGCGGUGGCGGCCACCCCGGCGCCGCUGCCCGAGCUCCCGGCCGAGGAGGUGGCCGCCCGGCAGGCGGCCCUUCGGGAGCACCUUGCCCGGGCGGUCUGCUCUUCGGGCCGGUGCGUCAAGCCCGGCCCCUGCGACCCGGCUGCCUGCCCGACGGAUCACCUGGCGGUCGAUGCCCUGGAGUUGGUGUUUAGCUGUCUGCUCCUCCGGCGGCUGGACAUCGGCCCGCUGCGUGGCGGUGGGCUCGGGUCCUCCUCGAUGGACGAUCUGUUCGAUGACCCGCUGGGCCAGGGGCCGCAGUCCCAGGCACAGCGCCAGCAAUUUGUCAGCCCGCCAUCCGGGGCCAUCGCCAUCAUGGCGGUGCUGGGGGAGUUGCUGGGCCAGCCGGCCAGUGACCCGGGUCGGUCCGGGGCUCCCCCGCCGGCGGCCACCAGCCCCGGCAUCCUGCAUGACGAGACGGAGGCCGGGCGCCUGAGUCGACUGGCUGGCCUUUGCCGGGAGCUGUCCUGGCGGCUGACCGCCGUGCAGCAGAUCGUGGCCGGCGGCGAGGACGCCGACACCGGUGGCGAGGCCCUGGCCGCGGCGGCCGCCGAGUCGGGCGGCUUGCUGCCGGUCCUGGCGGCCUCGCCGCGGAACCUCAUCUCGGCCUCCCUGCGCGCUGGGCACCUGGACUUGGCCCUGUGGAUCCUGUCGGCGACGUCGUCGGGCGGCCCGGGCGGCUCGGCCGGCGCGGUGCCGGGCUCGCCGCGAUCCAGCCUCGUGGAGCUGGAGGCUCACUCGACCGUCGGCCAGGCUGCCCUGUCCCACCGGCUGACGGCGUCCGGUGCCGGCGGCGUGGCGGCCCAUGCCUCGGAGGCGGCGCUGACGCUGCUGGAGCAGGCACGCGUCCACACCGAGGCGGCUCUGACGGCCACCGAUCGCGACGCCUCGAGGGCCCUGCUGCUGGAGGCGCGGCGGCUGCUGACCCAAUUGAAGUGCCAGUUCCUGCUGAGCGAGCAGUAUGGCUCCGAGGUGGAGGUCGCCCGCGAGGGGAGCGACUUCUUUGAGGGCAUCACGCCGGCCGCCCUGGAGGCCGCGGCGGCCGAAUACUGCCCCCGGGCGUCCGGGGAUCUGGUUCGGUGCGCCGGGGAUCUGCCCCUGGCCCAGGACUUGGAUCUGCUGGUGGAGCAGUGUCUCCUCUUCCUGGAGUCCGGCCUGCCGGGGCUGGAUGCCGAGGAGGCCGACGGCCUGGCCGGGCCCGGGGCAAUCGCCGGGCAGGCGGCCCCCUUGGCGCCGCUGCUGUCGCGCUGUCUGGACAUCUUCCCGCUGCAUGCCCUGAGCCCGGCCCUGCGCCAGGAGCAGUGGCGCGUGCUGGCCGGCAUGCGUCGGGCCCUGCUGGCCGCCUCGGAGCUGAGCCAGACGUCAUCCGCGCUGCCGGAGGCCAGGUCGGCCGCCGGCGCCGGUGCCGCCACCGACGAUGACGACGGCGACGACGACGACGACGCCGCCGGCCACCAGGCCCAUGGCGACUCGUCCUCCGGGCCGGGUGCCACCACCGGGCCAAGCAUCGACCUGCCCGGGCUCAACCGCCUGGCGGCGGCCCUGCUCAGCUACCCGGCCCGGGUGGGCUUCGGCGAUGGCCCCCUCGGGGCCGGGCGCAACUCGGCGGCCACAUACUCGCGGCACAUCUCCGCCGUGGCGAAGCUCCUGUCCUCGGAGCUCCGCCGGGCCGAGGAGGACCCUGGCAGCCAGGCCCGGCGCCUGGAUUUGCUGACCAUCCGCAAUGUGCUGUCCGCCGGCCCGCGCUCCACCGCGCUCACCCUGCUUCUGAAGGGCGAGAGCACCGCGUCGCAAAGUCUCGCCGACUCCCUCAGCCUGGACCUGGUGCAGGUGGUGUCCAUGGCCCUGGAGUCCCGGUACCCCGGCGACCCGGCGAAGCAUGCUCGCGGCGGGCCCGAGCUGAACGGCACUUGCGCCGGGACGCCCGCCAUGGCUUCGGUCCCCACCUCGGGGCCGGUCAACCUGUCGCUGGUGACUCCGGCCCCGGGGGAGACCCUCGUCCCGGGGCCCCUGGCGCUGGAGCUGCGCUCGACCGACACCAUCGGUGGCGUCCUGUGGCUCCUGCUGCGCACCCUCGGGUCGCUGGGCCUGGCGGAGGAGGUGGCGUCCAUGCGCUCCGGCCCCGGCUCGUCCGCGUCGCUGGCCGGUGCCGGCCCUGGGGCCGUGCCGUUGAAGGACGCGCUGUUGCUGCCGGCCGAGCGCAUCGCCCAGCUCGCUGGUGACCAUGCGCGCGGCUCCGGCAUCGCCAUGCUGUUCCCCGAGAUCCUCGCCAUCCUGACGCACGCCGGCCAGGUGGUCUUCCGGGCGGAUGUGGAUCUGGUCCACCUGCUGGGCGGCACUGCCCCCUCGAUGUCCACUUUUUCGGAGGCCAUUGCCCGGUGCGCCAGCCUGGCAACCGACUUCCUGGCCGGGCGGCUGGCCGUUCUGGUGGACCUGCACAACCUGAUGAUGCUGCAUGCGCAUCUGGUGGCCGGCCCACAUCAGUGCCCCACCCUGAGCGACCUCGAGUCCUACAAAGCGCGGAUCCUGUACAGCGUGGGGGACUUCCACUCGCCGGAGUUGCCCUUUUCCUCGGUGUCGACGCGCAUCAGCGCCCAUGCCGUGCAGGUGGCCCUGCUUAACCUGGCCAUUGUGCUGGAUCACCGCGCGGCCCUCGGCGCGGCCGCCGACCGACUGCCCUUCUUCCUGACCGUCCCCCUGGGGCUGUGCACGCUGACCGAGGGCACCGCCCCGCUGGGGGUCUGGUCCACCGCCGGGGCUGAGACCUUCGCCGCGGUGGACAUCGAGUCGGUCCGGGCGCUGGUGCGCUAUGUGCACGCGCACGCGCAUGUCAGCUUCGAGACCAAGACCGUCUUCAUUCCGGAGCUGCUGCUGCAGGCCCUGUCCGAGGCGGUGCAGCUGUUUGACGCGUCGCGCACGCUCCUCGGGCCGGCGGCCAGCGGCGAUGAGCAUGGGCCAGACGGGCCGCCUGGGCCCAUGGCCGGGUACUUCCAGCCGGCCGACCCUCUGGGCCUGGCGGCGCAGCUGGUCUUCCGGGUCCUGUGCCACCCGCACCAGGGCCCGAUGGACUUGCUGCCGGGGUUGCUUGCGGCCACCGGGGCCCCGGGGGCCGGGCUGCUGGCCGCUCCGGCGGAUGUGCUCCUGGCCCCGGAGCCCGGCCGGCCGGUGGCGCUGCUGCCGGCCGGCGGGCGUCUCGGGCGCGAUGUCAGCCUGCGCCUGUCGCGCCUCCCGGCGGCCGGGCUCCUGCGCCUGCAGGAUGCCUCGCUGCCUGGGGAUUUCAUCUGGGUGUCGGACUUCCCGACCCUGCCGUCCGAGCGCGUGCGCCUGCUGGUCCCCGCGUCGCGGAGCAUGCUCCUCUCACGGGACGCCCCGCUGCCGGAUGCCCGUGCCAAGUCCACCGAGCUGGCCUCGCGGUCGGUUGACUCGCCGGAGGCCGGCGGCCUGGCCAUUUCCCUGACCGGCGAGGUGGCCAGCUUCUUGCUGUUCCGCGCGCCGCGGGCCUUGACCAUCUGGCUGAUCUUGCGCAUUGCCCUGACCCUGGCCGAGCAGGUGGCGCGGGCCGAGGCCACCCCCGGGGAGGAUGCCCCUGCCACGGCCGCCGCCGCCGCCGCCGCCGCCGCCGCCGCCGCCACCACCACCACCACCACCUUCGACCGGGCUCUCUCCUCGUUGUCGAUGUCCCUGCGGCCACGGACCAGCGGGCGCGGUGAUGCCGACCCGGCGGAGGCGGCCGCCCGGGCCGAAGACCUGGCCGUCUGCCGGGAUCUGGCCCCCCUGCGGCGCCACGUCCGCAUGGAGCUCAUCUACCCGCAGCUGUCGCUCAAGGACCCGGGGCAGAUCGGCCUGGCUGCGCUGGCCACGGCCCAGCGCGAGCGCUCGACCCCGGCCGAGACCAAGGCCGCCGGGGCCCCGGCCGACGUGGGUCCGGCCGGGUCGCUCAAUGCCCUGCUGGAGCAGUCCGGCGUGGGCCGGCUGCUCCCGCGCGAGUCGGCCCUCGACGCGGCCAUCGCACUGUCGCUGCAGCCGGCCCCGGGCGCGGGCAACCCCGGCCCCGACGGGUCCGGCCCUGUGCCCGGGGAUGGCCUCGGGUCGGUCCUCGGAGCGGCGGCCCGACGCCAGGGCCUGGCAAUGGCCGGUGCCUCGGCCGGGCAGAUCUCCUGGCGCGAGGGCCGUGAUCACUGGCAAAAUGACGCCGACGCGCCAAAUUGCCAGGGCUGCAAGCAGGCCUUCAACAUGCUCCGCCGGCGGCACCACUGCCGCGCGUGUGGCUUCCUCUUCUGCGACCAGUGCUCCAACCAGAGGUGCAUCAUCCCCGGCAUGCCGGGCAACAUGCCGCCGCAGCGCGUCUGCAAUGCCUGCUUUGCCCUGGUGCAGCAGGCCAACGCCGCGGCGUCCGGGUCGCGGGCCGCCGAGCCGGCCUCUCCCGCUCCGGGCGGCAUGACCGGCGCCGGGGCCGGGGUGGCCUCGCCCUUCCGCAUGGUGGAUGCGGUGCGCACCCGGGCGUCGACCAUUCUCGGGUCGCCGGCCGGGCCGUCGGGCGGCGCCUUCGCCGGGGGCGCCGGCGGCUCGGGCGCCACCCCCGGCGCGCCGGGAGGCGGGCCCGCGAGCGCGGCCGGUGCCACCACCCCGCGUCGGCUCAAAACCGGGUCCAUCCUGGGGAUCCCGACCGGGCGGGGGGCUCCGCCGAGCGCCGGGCCUCCGUCGGGCAUGGGCCCGGCGGCCGGCACCAGCGCCGGUGCCCCGGCCGGCGGGCGCCUGCCCACCCUGGACCGGGCCGAAUGGGGCGACAUCCCGUCGGAUGUCAGUGACGAUGACACCAUCCACUCGGACAUCAUCACCGAGCGGGCGGCCUGGCGGACGACCCUGCUCCAGGGCGGCCCGGCGGCCAUGUUCGACCGGGCUCUCGGCCAGGCGGGCUCGCUGGCCCCCGGCGAGGAGUCGGAUGCCGAUGGCCCGGACCGCCAUGCGGAUGGCGACGGGCCGGACGCCGCUGCUGCCGAGGAGUCGGACGCCGCCGGGUCGGCGACGGCCACGGGCCCGGCAGGCUCCGCCCUGUCGUCGGGCCCCGAGCGGCCCAGUCCGGCCGAGCGCCAGGCCCAGUCCGAUGCCCGGCAGCUGCUGGUCCGCGACCAGGCGCUGUCCAUGCUGGCAUCCGGGGCCCUGCUGGUCCCGCCAACCGGCGGCCCCUCGGCCGGCGCAUCGGACUCCGGGGACCUGGGCCCGGCGGACUCCGGGGACCUGGGCACCCCGGCCAUGGCGGCCGUCGCCAGUGCCGGGCAUGAUGGCAACCAGGCAACCCUGGUGUCGGCGGCCUACACGCCCGGCCAGCUGGCCCGGCUUGCGGCCCCGGAGCGGGCCAUGCUCCGGGCCCUGACGCGAGGCCUCCCCCUGGGCCGGUGGCCCGAGGUCGCGGACGAUGUCCUGGUCCGCGCCCUGGAAGCGGCGCCCCGGUCGCCGAAUGCCCCGCUGCUGAUCGCCCGCAUGGCGGAUCUGCGUCGCUCCGCCCAGCUGGCCUUGGACUACUUGCAGCUGUGGCAGACCCCGGCCGACGCGCUGAAUGUCCUGGGGCCCAUUCGCUCGGCCCUGCCCGGGUACAUGGCGUCGACGCCGGCUCCGAUCGCCGGGCCCGGCGACGAGGCCAAGCCCGACGAGGAGCUCCUGCGCGAGGUCGACGUGGCCUGGGCCCGGAUCCGCGUAUAUGGGGCUAUCAUGGCGCUCGACUCCUCGAUCAGCCGCUGGCAGGAUCUCCACCUGCGUGCUCGAUCCGAUCCCCGGGGCACGGUGCUGGAUCUGCUGCACCGGUUCGGGCCGGCCGCCUUCGCAAACGCCAACCCCCGCCCAGCCCACUCGAGCCGGGGCUCGACGCAUGGUGCUGGCCAUCGGCCUGGCAUGGGGGACUUUGUCCAGUCCCUGCCCGGGCCCGGGGCCUCCAGGCGCGCGGCCGGCACCGGCGACGAGUCGGCCAAUGCGUCGCCCCUUUUGCGGGAUCACUACUGGCUGGAGCCGGAGUCCAGCUUCACGGUGUUCGGGCUGUGCUCGCGAUUGGUGGUGGCCGCGCACCCGCCGGCCGGGGCCCUGCACGGGCGCAUCUUCCAGGGCACCGACCCCGCGGCGGCCGGGAUGCUGAUGCACAUGAGCCUGGCCGGGGUUGGCGGCCCGGGGGCCGGGGCCGGCCCGGGCAGCAUCGAGCGCAUGCGCUCCGACCUGUUUGCUGAUGAUGUGGGCUCCGGGCUUGGGCCCUCGGCCUCGGGGUCAUCGUCCGGCUCCGGGCCAUCGUCCUCCUCCUCGAUGAUGGCCGGGUCGGGCUUCGAUGGCGACCCCUCCUCCGGGGAUCUGGCCACCUCGACCGGGGUGCUGGACCACUCGGAGUCGGAUCCCAUUCUGCAGGAGAUCGAGCGCUGUGAGCAGAGCAUGGCCGACCUGCCAGCCGGCGCGGUGUCCGGCGACGUGCACUACGAGUAUGCAUGGCUGCUGCGGCUCAUCGCCACUCACCAUGUCCGGUGGCGACUCACACGCAGCCGGUCGUCGUACGCCGCCGGGCCGGACCUCGGCCUGGUGGGCGACACCAUCGGCGCGGCGGAGGUCCUGUCGUCGGUGGGCGCGCGCGCGGCGCUGGUCAUCUGCUCGCAUCUUUACCGCACGUCCGCCACCCUGGUGGGCCGUUCCGGCAUGGCAUUGGUCCCGACCGUGGCACGGCUCUUCCUGGCCGAGUACAUGCUCAACCAUCUGGGCCGGGCCCUGCCGCUGGACUCGUACAAGCGCCUGUAUGAUGAUGAUCGCGGCCGACGCAUGGUGGCAUCGCUGCGCGUGGCGGCCGCGGCCGCGGCCGCGGCUACCGCCACCACCCGCGGCUCGAUGGCCGACGCGGCCACCCCAGCGGCCGACCCCUCCGAGGCUGGCGCUUCUGCCACGCCCGGCAACCCGGUGGCCGAUGCCACCGGCAGCUCGGCUACCAGCAGCCCGGCCCUGUCAGCGUCCUCCUCGGUCGGCCUCGGCCCCGGGGCCAGUGCCACCUCCGGGGAGGCCCUCGCCGGUGGUGAUGUCCCGGCUGGCGGCGGCCCUCCGUCGGCCGGGCCGGCCACGCAGCCCGGCUCGCCGACCGGGGCCGGCCCCACGACCGGGCCUCUGGCCGUGACUCCGGGCCCCCGGGCCUCCCCGAGCGGCGGGCGCUACUCCACCGACCUGGCUACCCGUUGCGCGCAUCUGAUCCACCACCCGGACCUGAUCCUGGAGACGCUGCUGAUGGCGCGCGACAUUGCCAGCGCCCAGCGCCUGCUGCUUGCCUUCCCGGAGUCCUUCUUCGGCCUGGACGAGGAUGCCAGCUAUGCGGUCAGCAUGCCGGCCAGCACCGGGCUGUCGAACUCCCCGUCGCUGGCCUCGCUGUCGAGCCUGUCCAGCGGCGGCAGCGGGGGAGCCCGGUCCGGCAUGGGCCCGGCCGGCGGGCCGCUGGGCGGGCACCAUGCCCCGGCCGGCGGGCAGCACGCGCUGUACGGCCCGCGCUCCGGCGACCAGGACCCCGUGGGUGCCUCGCAGGCGCGCAGCCUUGGCCCCAAGGCCUCGCAGCUGGUGAUCGCGUAUGCGGCCAAAUCCGUGGGCAUCCACAACUCGGCGGCCCUGCUGGACUCCGGGCCCCCGGCCGUCGGGCUGGCGGCCACGCCGUACUUCCGUGGCGACGACCCGGAGUGGGACCUGUCCAUCCGCGAGCGGUAUGUGUACAUGGCCCUGGAGCAGGCCACCGAGGCCGGGGCCGGGGCCGGGGCCGCCGCCGGGGCCGGGGCCGGGGCCGCCGGGGCCGCCGCCGCAGGCGACCCGGCCACCGGGCGCCCUGCCCCGCCGGAUGUCCACCUGGCCAAGCGCAUCCUCUCGCUCUUUGACAACCCCCUGAAGGCGGCCUCCCUGUGUGUGGUGUUCGCGCGAAAGCUGGCGGUUCGGCUGUCGGCGGUGGCCGGGCCGGGGCCUGGGCCCGGGGCCCUGGCCGCCGCCCUGCUGGACACCCUCUCGCCGGACACCAUCAUCCUGACCAUGCGGCAGCUGCUCUUCCAGGCGAAGAUCUACCUCUCGCAGCCGCUGAGCAUGAGCGUCGAUUCGCCGGAGCAGACCCCCACCGGCGGGGUGUCCCCUCGGCCGGGGGCCGGCGCGCCGACGUCCUCACUCUCGGCCGGCCUGGCCGGCCUGGCCGGGGGCCAUGUGGGCGCCCCUCGCGCCGCCCCGCAGCCGGCCCCCUCCGAGGAGGAUGUCCGGUCGCUGCAGGCCGCAAUGCGCCAGGCGUACCAGCUUUCCAGCCAGUGCGAUGUCAUGCUCACCCAGCUGGAGAUGAUCCGCACGCUGAAUGGGGCCUUCCUGGCCGGUGCCGGCGGCCUCAGUGGGCCCGGCGACAGCGGCCGGCCGGUGCACCCUGGCGAUGAGGAUGAGCUGCAUCUCCGGGAGCCGGGCGACGGCCCGGACCCGGUGGGCUGGGUCCGCCUCGAGGACUUGACCGACGCCAGCCGUCUCCGGUCCCUUCGCGAGAAGCUCCUCCAGGCUGGGCGCUUCCGCCAUGCGCUGCUCCUCACGUCCAAGGUGCAGACGCUGCUCAGCGGCACGCCGGCCGGCGGGCUGGCCCAGCCGGGCAACCCCCGUGCCUCGCUGCUGAACAGUCUCGGCACCGAGACCAUCUGGAUGGAAUGGGGCGAACGGGAUGCCCGGGCCGGGCGCGUGUCGCUGGCUCGGUCGCGCUUCCGUCGCGUUCUUGAACCCGACGACCAGCGUAGCACCCCGAGCCCGGCGGCCACGGACCGCGUCGCGCGUGCCCUCGAGGCGGCCCCCUGCCUCGGUGCCGCGCUCGGCCCGGCUGCCCCGGCCGCGCCCGGCCCGGCGCAAGGGGCCGAUAUCACCUGCCCGGAAACCAUGGCCCAGAGCCUGGCUCUGCAGGCGCAGCUGGAGCAAAUCCGCAAGGUCCAGGCGCACCUUCAGGCCGCCCUGCAGCCGGCCACUGUCGGCCCCUCGACCGCCUCCGCCACCAGCGCCGUGGUCGCAGCCCUCAAGGACUCGAGCGAGCUCGUGCAGCUGACGCAGAAUGCCGCGUCACGCUACGCCCCCGCCGAGGAGCGCCGGGUGUCCCGGUCCUCGAAUCUUGACCGCGAGCGCUUCGACAUGGUGGCCUCGGUGUAUCGGGUUCGUGCGGCGGCCGGGCCCGGUGGCGGCCCCGGCGGCGGCAGCGGCCCCGGCAGCGGCCCCGGCCAUGCCCAUCACAUUGGCCCGGGAGCUGGCAGCCUGCCUGGCAGCCUGUCCAUCCGGACGUCCGGGCUCGGGCCCAGUGGCGAUGGGCCCGGGUCGGCCAAGCUCGGGGCCUCGGCCGGCUCGGGACCCGCCGCCGGUGGCCCGGCCACCGCGUCCAGCCUCACGGCGCUGGUGGCUCUGGCCGCCCGGCACAGCGUCUGGUCCAAGGCCAUCGUGCACCUGGGCGAGCUGGCGCACCACCACGCCGGGCCCGGGGCCGUGACCGGGACCGGCGCCAGCACCCCGGUCGGCGCCCUGCCGGUGGACCUCGCCGGGGCCCCGCCCUCGGCCCAUCAGUAUCUCCGCCAGCCGGAAGCCGCCGAGUCGGUGCGCGGGCUCUUCGUGGAUGUGGUCCUGCGUGCCUGCUUCCAGCGCGAUGGCUCGGCCCAGAAUCUGGUGGCCCUGAUUGACUACCACUCGCUGGAUGCCGACCACGAGGUCUUCCUGCGGAAUCUCCUCCGCGCGGCCGGCGUGGCCCUGCUCGCCGGGUACAAGUACCACAGCCAGGCCAUCUGGAAGGCCCCGGGCCCGGCGGACGCCGAGCGCGUCGCCUGGUUCGAGUCCAUCGAUGCGGCCAACAGCCUGCUGCGCCAGCGCCUGGCCCUCUUCGUGGCCUCGCGCGAUUACCUGGCCGCCAGUAUCACCUGCAUCAAGCUCUUCCUGACCCCGGCCGCGCGGAGUUUCGACUUGGCCGAGGGGGUCCGGUAUUUGGCCCUCUCACACCGGUACCUGCAGCUGGGCACCAGCGCCGCCGGUGGCAGUGCCGCCGGCCCGGCACCCGGGGCCGGCCUCUCCGGCGAUGCGCAAGAGCCAAGCUACUCGCGCGCGCCGCUGGGCCUGGCCGAGGCGCUGGUCCCGCGCGCGGCCAGCCGCCACAAGGAUAGCCUCCUCCUGCAGCGGGAUGUGAUGGCUGCCUUUGCGCGCAUCGCCGCCAAGGGGGACUCCGCCGACUCCGAUGCCGUGAGCCAAUUCCUCCUGACCAUGCCCAUCCACCUGGGUGCCUUGGGCUUCGAGUCGCCCGGCAUCAUCACGCAGACCGUCCCGGCGACGCUCUUCCACCAGAAGGACCAGCAACAGGAGGUCUGCCGGCGCCUCCUCUACUUCGGCGAGGCUCCCCUGGCCUCGCGCAUCAUCCAGCAGUACGGCCUCCCGGCGCGGCUUGUUUACGUGGACGCCAUCCGCCUCAUCAUGGCGGCCCUGGGCACUGGCCCGAUGGCCAAGGCGUUGGAGGCGGCUCGGAACGCGGCGCAGCACCGGCCUUCGGGCAGCGUCCACCCGUACCUGCACCAGGCGGCCAAGGCCGCGGCCGGGCUGAGCCCCUCCAAUGCCCUGACUCGCAUCGACCGGCUGAUUGCCGGCGUGCGGAUCUUUGCCUCGGAGGCGGAUCUGGACCACAUGUACACCGCGGCCGCGGUGGCCUCGUCCACCGGCUUCCGCCCGGUGUCGGCCGGCGACGAGGGCCCCAACCCGCCGUCCGGCCGUAAGCCCCUCUUCCGGUCCAUUACCAGCCUCAGCAGCGACCAUGUUGCCGGCCUCAAUGACCAGAGCCACACCUUCAAGUACAUCAGGCAGAUCACGUCGCCCUUCCGCGCGGCCCGGGCUGCCGCCCUGUCCGGGCAGCUGAAGGACGCCUAUGCCCGCGCCACCAACCUCUUCAAGACCUACUCGUCCAGCCUGACGACCAUGCCGGCCGACGGCCGGGCGCCGCAACCGGCCCAGCACCAGCCCGACGCCACCGGGUCCCUGGAGGCCGCCAUGCUGUCGUACAGCGCGGCCGAUGCCACCCCCAGUCCCGGGGCCGAGGACGCCGACGACGAGCAUUCCCUCAAGUCCCUGCUCCGGCUGAUCUUGGCCGAGGCCGAGCUCGCCAACAACACCAAGCACGCAUCCAUGACCCGAACCCUCCUGGAACGCCUCGGGUAGUAACCGCCCCGGGCCGCUUGUGUGUCGCCCUGUCCCGCGCCACCCGGCCGGGUCUGCCGCCCGGCGCCACGCGCACCCCCUUGGCCCGGGCUCUUCGCGCGCGCGCGCGUGCGCGCGCGCCAUGCACCGCGAGGCCGAGACCGGCCGUGAGCACAAUAGACAAUCAUACCGUA